AUGAUUCGUGAUAUUGGAGUAGAUGCUUUCAAGAAAGUUAAUGUGGUAGAUACUUUGCAAAGAGACAUGAAAGAGUCGUUGUAUUUGGGAUGCAAAAGUUUUACAAGAUUAUCAGCUAUGUUAAGACUAUUUCAUCUUAAGGGAAAAUGUGGGUGGACGGAUAGAAGUUUCAUUGAAUUGCUUGAAAUUUUGAAAGAAAUGCUUCAAGAAGGUAACAUAUCGCCGAACUGUAGUUAUAAGACCAAGAAGAUAUUAUGUCCAAUGGGUUUGAACUAUGUCAAAACACAUGCAUGUCUUAAUGGUUGUAUAUUAUAUAGGAAAGAGUAUGAAAAAUUGAAGGAGUGCCCCAGAUGUGGGGAGUCACGCUACAAGCAGAAGGAAAAUGGUGUUAAAGACGAUGACAAUGUAACUAGAAAGGGUGUUCCUUCAAAGGUGAUGUGGUACCUACUUGUGAGAUGUUGGAUUGAACUCUAA